GUGUGGGCCGAAGCCGGCACUGCAGCCGCAGAAGUAUCCCCAGGAACCUUCCCAGGAGGGGCUGGAAAAAGCCUCAUCUCCAGCUCCACGGUCUCCAGGGUAGAGUCUGGCCUUCUUUGUUGGGUUCCUAAAUGGUUCCACAGCCCCAGUGCUCAGAUCUCCUCAUCCUGGAGGAAGGAAGUCACCUGUAGGGGGGAAGGACUCCCUUCCCAUACCAGCGUCUUCCCUGUGCUCAGUCUGGCCAUGGGGAAUGAGUCAUGUCUGAGCUCCUGGAGAGGAGUCCGGCGCUAGGGAAUUGAGGAGGAUGUGUCUGGAGCUUGUAAGUCGGUAGUGAAGGUCCAUUAGGAGGCUCCGCACCACCCAACCCUCAGUGGCUGCAGAAAGCUCUCCUUGAGGAAUCUGGGCUCCCUGGCACUGUGGAAGAGUGGAAUGUGGGGCAGCCUCUGGUGGGGUUGGGGCAUGACCUGGCAGCGGACGGGGAUUACAGUCUUGCCCUGCAGAGGAAGAACCCAUGCUGGAACGUCGCUGCAAGGGCCCCCUGGCCAUGGGUCCUGCCCAGCCCAAGGUCCCUGGGCCCUCCCAGAAGUUGCCCCAGACCCUGGAGAAGGAGCCCCAUGGGCUGAGGUUACAAGGCACUUCCGUGGCCCAGUCGGGCGGCCAAGCCCCCAGUAGGGCCCAUCGCUGUGCCCACUGCAGAAGGCACUUCCCGGGCUGGGUGGCCCUGUGGCUUCACAGCCGGCACUGCCAGGCCCGGCUUCCGCUGCCCUGUCCUGAAUGCGGCCGUCGCUUCCGACACGCGCCCUUCUUGGCCCUGCACUGCCAGGUCCACGCGGCUGCCACCCCAGAUCUGGGCUUCGCCUGCCACCUCUGCAGGCAGAGCUUCCGAGGCUGGGUGGCCCUUGUUCUGCAUCUGCGAGCACACUCGGCGGCAAAGCGGCCCAUCGCGUGUCCUGAAUGUGCGAGACGCUUCUGGCGGCGGAAGCAGCUUCGAGCCCACGCGCGGAGGUGCCACCCCCCAGCCCCGGAGGCCCGGCCCUUCAUAUGCGGCAACUGUGGCCGGAGCUUUGCCCAGUGGGACCAGCUAGUCGCUCACAAGCGGGUUCAUGUAGCCGAGGCUCUGGAGGAGGCAGCGGCCAAGGCUCUGGGGCCCCGGCCUAGGGGCCGCCCGGCCGUGACCGCCCCACGGCCUGGUGGAGACGCGGUCGACCGCCCCUUCCAGUGCGCCUGCUGCGGCAAGCGCUUUCGGCACAAGCCCAACUUGAUCGCCCACCGCCGCGUGCACACGGGCGAGCGGCCCCACCAGUGCCCGGAAUGCGGAAAGCGCUUCACCAAUAAGCCCUACCUGACCUCACACCGGCGCAUCCACACCGGCGAGAAGCCCUACCCGUGCACGGAGUGCGGCCGCCGCUUCCGCCACAAACCCAACCUGCUGUCCCACAGCAAGAUCCACAAGCGGUCCGAAGGGUCGGCCCCGGGCGUCCCCCGCGCGGGGAGCCCCCAGCUUCCGGCCGGCCCCCUGGAGGCCUCGUCCGAGCCCCCCGCCGCCGAGGCGGCGCUGAAACCCGCCCGGGAGCGGGCGCCCGAGCCUCCGCCCGAGGACCCCGGAGCGCUCCCGCCGGCCGCGGCCGCCGCGCCCCCGUCCCUGUUCAGCUGCGAGGACUGCGGCCGGAGCUUCCGGCUGGAACGCUUCCUGCGGGCGCACCAGCGGCAGCACAGCGGCGAGCGGCCCUUCGCCUGCGCCGAGUGCGGGAAGAACUUCGGCAAGAAGACCCACCUGGUGGCGCACUCCCGGGUGCACUCGGGCGAGCGGCCCUUCGCGUGCGAGGAGUGCGGGCGCCGCUUCUCCCAGGGCAGCCACCUGGCGGCCCACCGGCGCGACCACGCCCCCGAGCGGCCCUUCGUCUGCCCCGACUGCGGCAAGGCCUUCCGCCACAAGCCCUACCUGGCGGCCCACCGGCGCAUCCACACCGGCGAGAAGCCCUACGUCUGCCCGGACUGCGGCAAGGCCUUCAGCCAGAAGUCCAACCUGGUGUCCCAUCGGCGCAUCCACACGGGCGAGCGCCCCUACGCCUGCCCCGACUGCGACCGCAGCUUCAGCCAGAAGUCCAACCUCAUCACCCACCGGAAGAGCCACAUCCGGGACGGCGCCUUCUGCUGCGCCAUCUGUGGCCAGACCUUCGACGACGAGGAGAAGCUCCUGGCCCAUCAGAAGAAGCAUGACGUCUGAGCAGGGGGCGGCUGCGGAGGCCGAGGGGGUGGGGGAGUACCCUGGGCGUCACUGACGGGAGAGUGUUGCUGUGGGCCUGGGCUGCGGGUGGGGG